UCUCUACCUGUCACCUGCCGCUGUUGCUGCUUUUGGCACUCGGGCUUGCCUUCCGCCGUAUCACGACUCGUACGGACAACCAGAAUCCCCCACCUGCCGCCACGUCAGCGCUUACCAAUUCUCAUGCCCUCUCUCGAACUGACAACUUUCCCUUUCGGCUCCUUGUUGGCAUCCUUCGGUUCGGCUGCUCUCUUUUUAACUUGAACGUUAGUCAACCAUUGUGGGAGGGGAGAGAAGUGAGUGCGCGCCGGUGAUCGUGGAAGGAUGAGUGGGAACGGCAGCUUGAGGGGGAGCUACUCGGCGUCGCACGAUGACUACAGGCUGCUGGAGGAAGUCGGUUACGGGGCCAGCGCGACCGUCUACCGAGGGAUCUACCUCCCAACCAAUGAGGUCGUCGCCGUCAAACGCUUGGAUCUAGAUCGCUGCAACAGUAACCUCGAUGAUAUACGAAGGGAAGCCCAAACAAUGAGCCUAAUAGACCAUCCAAAUGUAAUAAGAGCUUAUUGUUCAUUUGUUGUUGAGAGCUUUCUAUGGGUGGUCAUGCCAUUUAUGGCUGAAGGCUCGUGCUUGCACCUAAUGAAGAUUGCAUAUCCAGAUGGAUUUGAAGAGCCUGUUAUAUGUUCAAUACUUAAAGAAACACUAAAGGCUUUAGAGUACCUUCAUCAACAUGGCCAUAUACAUCGCGAUGUCAAGGCUGGGAAUAUCCUACUUGAUAAAUCUGGUGUGGUGAAGCUUGGAGACUUUGGUGUUUCAGCUUGCAUGUUUGAUAAGGGUGACAGACAACGAUCAAGAAAUACUUUUGUAGGAACACCAUGUUGGAUGGCUCCUGAGGUGUUACAGCCAGGAAGUGGGUAUGAUUUCAAAGCUGACAUCUGGUCAUUUGGAAUAACUGCGUUGGAAUUGGCACAUGGCCACGCUCCAUUUUCAAAAUACCCUCCAAUGAAGGUUCUCCUGAUGACUCUCCAAAAUGCACCUCCUGGACUUGAUUAUGAUCGUGAUAAGAAAUUUUCAAAGUCCUUUAAAGAGAUGAUAGCAAUGUGCUUGGUGAAAGAUCAAACAAAGAGACCAACUGUAGAAAAGUUGUUGAAGCACUCCUUUUUCAAACAUGCAAAUCCUCCUGAAAUAUUAUUGAAGGGCAUUUUAAAUGACCUGCCUCCGCUUUGGGAUCGUGUUAAGGCACUCCAGCUUACAGAUGCUGCACAGUUAGCUCUCAAGAAAAUGCCAUCCUCUGAACAAGAAGCACUAUCACAGAGUGAAUAUCAGAGAGGUGUUAGUGCAUGGAACUUCGACAUUGAGGAUCUCAAGGCUCAAGCAUCACUGCUUCAUGAUGAUGCUGACCCAAUUAAGGAAGAGGAGGGAACUAUCAAAAGUUUUGUUCUUAGCAAGCAUCCCUCGAUUUUGAGAUCCAAUGAUGAGAAGUCAGCAUUUAAUGAUAAAACCAACUCUAGAGUAAGCCCCUAUGGGUUCUCAGAGUCAAAGUGCAGCUCAAGUACAAGAGAUGAGAUAUUACAAACUGAUAUAGUAGAUUAUAGUAAUCAAGAAAGGCUUGAUAAAUGUGAGAGAUUUAGACUAAAAAAUGAUGAAGCACCAUCAACAUCAAAACGUGAUACACUGCCAAACCAAAGGAAAGUUGAGGUUGGAAAAAAGCACCAAACUUACAGUGGUCCACUUGUACCUUCUGGUUCAGAAAGAGUACAUACCUCAGAAAGGGUUGAUAGGGACAAUCAACAAGGAGCUGAGAGAUACAUACGUGAUACUCACAAAGUUCCAAAUUUCAGUGGACCACUAAUGCUUCCAAACCGCGCUUCGGCUAACAGCUUAUCUGCUCCCAUCCAUUCAUCAACAGGUUGUGGAGACUCAUUGGAGGAGAAGACCAAGCCUAGUGUGGUUCAAAUAAAAGGCCGGUUUUCAGUUACAUCAGAAAAUGUGGAUCUUGUAAAGGACCUGCCACUAUGUAACAUUUCAAGAAGGUCAACCCAGGGAUCUCCCUUGAGAAAAUCAGCGAGUGUGGGUGAUUGGUUAAUUAACUUAAAACCAGUGCCUCCAAUUGGAGUUCGUAACAGCAAUUCAGAGGAAGUCAACAACAGAAAUUCAAAGGAAGUUGGCAACAUAUUACCUGCAUCCAUUCUCAUGCCCCACCUGCAAAAUCUUUUCCAACAAACAUCUUUUCAACAAGGCCUUAUUACAAGUUUGUUGAAUAGCUUGCAGCAAAGUGAGAUAAUUGAUUUGCCUUCUCAAGCUCAACAUGUGGAGAAUGAGAAGUUGCUGGAUGCUGCAAAUAGUGAAAGGGAACGGGUACUGCUAAGUACCAUCUCAGAGCUACAAGCCAGGAUGAUUACUCUUACUGAUGAGCUUACUUUAGUAAAGCUUCAACAUAUUCAGUUGCAACAUGAGUUACAUGCAUUGUAUAAUGAGGAAGAUGAUGAUAAAAAAAAUGAAGUAGAGGAAACCUGAUCUAAUUCCUACAUUCUGUGGAUUCUGGAUCAUGCUGUCAUGCCAAAUAUAAAGAUAUUCCUGGCUGAGAUCUUGCCCAUACUUUGUUGGUUCACGAUUUCAUGUUAUAUAUCUUAAGGUCUAACCAAAAGCAGCCACGGCAAAUACGAAUUUCUAGGCUCUCACAACGUAUGGCUCGGGCAUUUUGUUGCUAACAAGGUCCAGAUAUGCUAUUUGGCAAGCCCACCUGGCGCUACAAAAUGGUGAGGAGCAUCAUGUGCAAUGUAUGCUGUUUUGUUCUCAGUGAUUCAACUUUAUUGGUUAAAUGUCGCUGCUGUUUUACUACUAGCAUUUGCACAAUGCUGCAAGGCUCUUUUUGAUAUUUCUUCUCUUUUAUAGGUUUUUUAUUGCUUUGAUUGUAUGCACGUUUUUUGAAGUUAAGAAGAUUGAAGAUCCACAAGCAGAUAAAACUGCUUUUACAUGUCUUGUUUAUUGUAUUCAA